GGGCUACAGAGACGCAGUGUGACUUGUCUUGGGGCUGCAAAUGGAGGACGCUCUUGUACGGGUGCUGGUAGAAAGCCAAUAGGAACCAGGUCCUGUAACACGCAACCCUGUGUUGCCUGGACAGCUACCCCAUGGGGCCCUUGCCAUGGGCAGUGUGUUGGACCACAGAAAGCACUACAGCAAAGACAUGUGUUCUGCCAGGACAAGAACAGCACUAGAGUCGCCCAUCGAAUGUGCAGCAGGCAAGCAAGGCAAGAUAUCUUCAGGAAUUGCCCAAAUUAUACAGCCCACCUCACAUCGAAACUGCACCACGGACGCCUGUGCCCUGCAUUGGCAUGUUGGGCCAUGGACCCAGUGCACUGCCACAUGCGGUCGCCAUGGUUUCCAGUCACGCCAAGUCACAUGCGUUCACCGCCGUAGUGGAAAACCAGCUCGGGAGUUUCACUGCGCCUGGAGGCCUCGCCCUGCCAGCUGGCAACGCUGCAAUAUUCUGUCUUGUGGGAAAGGUGAUUGCCAAGACAGCACCAGGUACUGUGAGAAGGUCCGACAGCUGGAACUUUGCCCCCUACCCCAGUUUAAAGCACGGUGCUGCCGGUCCUGCAGAGACACCUGAGACUCUACCAGGACAAAAGGGCAGAAACAGAGACUAAUCCAGAGACUAAGGAACACCUGCAAACCCACCACACAACCCAGCACAUGAUCCAAAACCAAAGACCAUGGUGUGUGAUGGGUUGGGGUCACCAGGUCAUCCAUUAAUCAGCCUAAUGACAAGUGGGGGGGGGGGGGGGGGGGGGGGACUGGAUGCAAAUUGUAAACCAAUGGACAUUGAUUUUAAUUUAACUUCAGUGAAGGCUUUGAUUAAUUGUAUUUUACAUUUUGGUUUACUCUUUCUUUGGUUUUGCAUUUACUGCCUGUCUGAUGGUCCAGAAAGAUGUAAGACAUUUUUAAAUUCACUGGAUUGCACAUUCUAGACUCCAUCCAUAUAAAAUAAAAAUAGCCUCUAGUUAUGACUGAACGUCCAUAGGGGUUUGCUGGAGCCUUCACUCUGAACAUUUCAUUCGGUGUAACCCAAAUUGGCUACCAUAUAGGAACUGGAAAACCAUAUAGCAAAGUGGAAAUUUGCUAUAUCCCUGUACUCAUAAAGGAAUGGUGGACAAAAAAGACAAAUGUGUAUUUAUAUAUAGACCCUUAAAUAAUGUAAUUUUGAACAGGGAGAUUUUUGAAUUGUAACUAAUGAAAAAAACUGCACUUAUUAUAAUUAGAUAUGUUGCUGUCUUAGUAAUAGGCAAUUUAUCCUAUGGCCCAGUAUUACAAAUGUGACUUCACUUAAACAAAAAAAAAAAAGGGACUUCAGUGUAUGGAAACCCUGAUAGCUUUGCACUUAUAAUUUCCAGGUCCAUUAUUAAAUAUGGCUGGAUAUUGUGUUUAUUUUUAUUAUUGUUGUUUGGUUUUGCUUGUGUUAAUCCUUUUAUAAAUUGACCGUGUCCUUGUUUUUCUCCAAGAUUUAACCACUUAUCAAUAUAGUGUAGUUGUGCCUAGUAUUUAUCAUCCCUAAACAAGUGUUAUUUGCAUAAUGUGUUCUUCAUUUCAUAGAAAGAAUAAUAAUUUGUCCUUUAGGGAAUAGAAUCAAACACUUGUAAAAAAAUAUUAAAAACACAAUGAAUCUCAUGUGUGUUAUGGUUCGGAUAAUACUGCUGAAAAUACUUUUUUGGGGGAGAAAAGGUGAUCUUUUUCUCCCCUUUUUUACAGUGCUAGAUGUUCACAGAGCUAUUUAUUACUUUGUUUGAUUUGUUUAAGUGCAAUUUGUCUGCAAAUGAAAAUUAAUUGGGAUUAAACUGUCCAAUGCCAUUGUUCAUCACUAAUAACAGGUCGUUUUUGAAAUAAUAAAGUGUGUUCGAUUUUUUUUUACUGUAGUAAAUGAAUAUUAGGUUUGGCACAGGCAUACAGGUACAAUGUACAGUUUAUGACAAAGAUAUUGAUUUCAUGGCCAUUUACCUUUUCCAAUAAACAGUAUUUCUUCAACA